UUAAUUUUCUACCUAUUAGAUUGUGUUUUAUUAACAUCUACACCUACCCCAACACUAAACCUACCCCUUACAAGAGUGAAAAAAUGGGAAUUAUUGUUGUACAGUGUGAGAAAAAUUACGCUGUGUUGAUGUGCGCAUGCCCAGUAGCGCCAUACGUAUCCCUUCUAGCCGUAAACGCCUGUUCCUCGACUCAGUCCAAAAUAUUCACAGCGCGUGUCAUGGCAGAGAAACUGGAUCUUAUCUCUAAGCGCAUUAGAACUUUCCAUGAUUUCCCUACAAAAGGGAUUCCAUUUAAGGAUAUUUGUCUGAUCUUGAAGGAUCCGAAGGCUCUGGCUGCAGUGACGGAUCUGUUUGAGGAGCACGUGAGGCGCACGUACCCUCAGGUGGAUCUUAUAGUCGGAAUUGACGCUCGAGGAUUCUUAUUUGGGCCGCUUUUGGCUCAGAGAUUAGGCGUAGGAUUUGCUCCAAUCAGAAAAAAAGGGAAGCUCCCUGGCCCAACGUUAUCAGUAGCUUACAGUCUCGAGUAUGCAACGGCUGAGGCAGAGAUGCAGGAAGACGCCGUUUCUGCAGGAGAGAAGGUCCUGAUCAUUGAUGAUUUACUGGCUACUGGAGGAACCCUGUAUGCGGCAUGUGAGCUGAUCAAACGGCAGAAGGCAGAGGUGCUGGGCUGUUUGGUGGUGAUUGAACUGAAGUAUCUCAAUGGGUCUGAGAAGCUGCGGUCAACCCCUGUGUUCUCUCUAAUACAGUACUGACAGUACUACUGCUUAUGGGGUGGAGUCUGUUUUAUCUUAGCCAUCUGAAAUGAAUUAUAUUAUUCACAUCAUGGUUUAUGGUUCAGGAAUAUGAAAACAUUCCAAUCAUGUUUUGAUGGUCUAGAUUCCACUUUGAGAAAUAAGUAAAAGUAUGUGAUUUCAGAUACAGCUAGAGACUCUUAAGCUUCCAGUUCAGUGCUCUACGCUUACUUUUUCUUUUAGGAGCGGUUGUGGUCAAAGAUUUAGGAGCACCUUCUAAUCAAUAAUCCAAAAUUCUGAUCAAAAAAAUUAACCUUCCUAUUACGAGGUGAUAUUUGACUCCUUAAAGUGAUUUACAGGGAAUUUUGUUUUUACCUUUGUAAUGGCAUUUUUCUAACUUUAUUAAAAGUAUGUCAUCUUUUGUCAAAUUUAAAAAAAUAUAUAUUCAUAAGCUUAACAUUUUUAAUUAAAACAACAGAAUAAGAAGUAGAAUAAGAAUAAGUUACCAAUAAAAUUAAAUCAGUAUUUAAGAAAUAAAUUUGUACUACAGAGGUGGCACAGAACAAUACAAGUGGCUUGUAGGUGUAUUUUCAGACAUUUUAUUGAGGCUCAGAGGUUGCAUGAGUGCAAUUCAUGAAUUCAUGUUGAGGUUAAUGUUUUAAAUAUACAAUUUUGGAUAUAGAAAUAUUAAAUGAUUUAAAUAACAGAAAAGAUACUUUAAAAAUGUAAUUAAAAUUGCCAGCAGGCGGCAGCAAAUCACUGAUUUUAUCACUGAAUCGUUCAUUUAAUUGAUUAGUUCGAACAGCCGAUUCAUUAAGGAACGAAGCGUCUGACUGUCUUUAUGAAUGGGUAAUUGAAUCAUUGACUCACUAGAUUCAUUUAAAAACGCAGUUCAUUCAUAAACGAAACACCGCCGUGUUUGAAUGGAGAUGCACAGUGGCUCAGAUGUGACUUUCUGAAACUAUUUUCAUUGACGAAAUAGAGCAAAAUAAGGCAAUAGAGUUGUAGUCAGACAAUAUAAGUCACUUAAUAUUGACUUCUUGUUUAAUGAACUGUUGUAUUGAAUCAAUAUCACAUUUGCAAGCUGUCACUCUUCUUAGUUCAUCGCAAUCUCACAAAACUCCAUUAUAAUCAACGCAGCUCUCUGCACUGCACAGUGAAUCUCUUAUUUACACUCUGUCUACACUUUGUUUGUUAUAAUGAGAGGAUAUGUCUGUGAUAACGCUGCAAAAACACGCAAGUACGUUAGAAACCUUUGAUGCUCCCUCAGCGCAAACACAAAUAUGCUGAUCGGGUCAGUCGCACAGGUGCUCCUAAAUAUUCUUUUAUAGUUGCACGCAGUAGUUUUCAGUGGCAAAUGCACUGUAGAGCCCUGCAGUUUUUGAAUAUGAAUCACUGUUCCUUGCAUGAACUUGUUUAUUGUAAAUGAAUCGAUGCACAUUAACUAGACGAACCUUAAGGUUUAAGUUACCAAAGAAGCCAAACUCAGGUAGAACUAUAUUGAACUGCCUUUAUACAAAUUACUUUCGACAUGUCUACAUUUGAUCAAUUAUUGUGCUAAGAUGCAAAGAGCAAAAUUCACGACGGAAUCACAGCUUGAAAGUCUUGUAAAAUGCCAAACUGACUGAACAAAUUAAAAAGUAAUCACAUGG